GAUCCCUGUAUACACGAAAUACACACAAGCACCGCCGGUGGUGUCUUCCCGCCAACGGGAAGCCCGCCUUCGGGGAUCAAGGUUCAGCGUUCCUCUCGAUCCCGAGGCUCAUCCGGUGACUGAAGCAGGCCUAAUCGACUGUCCGUCCGUGGAAGAAGACCCCGAGUCAUUAGACUUUAUCACGGGGAACAGGGAAGAUUAGCUUACUCGUAUCACCUCGACCCCGACACUUAUCGCCAGACAAGACCGAAGAGCAAAUGCACGAGUCUCUCACAUUCACUCAGGGCCACCUUCUCCCCGAUCGAGUCUACUGUGCUGCUGUAAACUAUACGCACAAUCUUCCGGUCUCGAUCGAUCCACUAUUAAAUCAACUCACUUCCUUCCCAGUCCAAGAUGCCAGCAUUGUCUUCUUUGUAUACCACAGUUCUCCCGCCAAGACCAGAAUUGAAUAUGUCUUGCUCAUUACCAACAUCGUCGUCCUCCCCUCCCUCCACCGCUCCCCCCACCCCAAAGAUGUACACCCAGCAUGACAUCGAACAAGCGCUCGUAGGCUCCUGGUCCCUCCUCGAGUACUUCUCCGACCCCUACGACGGCAAGGGACCCUCCCUGCAUCCCAUGGGGCCCGACGCACGAGGGAUCCUCACCUACCACCCGGACGGGUGCAUGUCCGUGCAUCUCAUGCCCUCGACCAACAAGCAGAGGCAGAAGAAGCAAGCCCGCACGACGCUCAACGACGGCUUCAUGUACACCGGCGAAUACUGGGUGGAGCUGCACGAGCGGGACACAAACAGCAGCUUCGUCGUCUGCCAUCGAGCCGAGAUGGCUUCCUUGCUGCAACUAGAGGGCAAGGUGCAGAGGCGGCAGGUCACGCUGCCGAGCCGGAAUCGGCUGGUGUUGUCGUAUGUGGGCUUCGAGGAUCUUGAUGGCCUGAUGGUGAGGCCGGAGUUGAUGUGGGAAAGGAUUUGUCGGCCUUGCAGGGCGGCAUCGAGAUAAAUUGAAAGCGCUUUGUGUCGUGGUGGUGACGAUUCUCCUGGCUGGGUACUGUAGAUUUCGGC